GUUGAGUAGCAUUUCGCCAAUACAAAUGAACGGGGACGAGCCCACAAGGCCGUUGCCGCUCAAGACCAAGUUCCAGAUCGGAGGCACCCAAGCUCCGGUGAACUACAAGUUUCAGGAGUCGUGCUUCCAUAUAGAUGACACUCCGCCGCACAAAAUUGCGGCCAAGCGCGAAGUUCAGGCGUCACUCAAGUCCAAGAUCCUGUCGGCAGAUCCUCCUGGCUGGGAUCAAUCUACGACCGAAUCAUGCGUGCUCCGAACGAAUUGCUACAAACGCACGUUUGUGCAUGGCGAGAUGAACCACGGCAACAUGUACCAAUACAAUUAUCGUGCGGAGAAGCUUCCCGUGAAAUACCCCACGCUGUUGACAAAACCUACCAAGUUCAACCAAGGCAUAUUGGAAGUCCAGCAGCUGGCAAUCGAGCCUGGAGAUACGUUUGGCGACGAGCGCAUGCAACGGGGCAUUUUGAAACGAACAGAAGAGCUCCCGAACCACCCCGAUUUGAGGGAUGCCGUGCCGUGGAAUGCGUCUGUUGUACAGUCGAAACAGGACCUGCGCAAGACGUUCAAAGCCACCGAAGCGGCAAGGAUAGCCAACUCAUCAAAAGCGUUGAAUACAUUAGAGGGCUACAAGACCCCCCAGGAGCUAUACGCGGAGCAGUUGCAGAGACUUCGAGAUGAAAAGGCAAAAAAACGCACUGCCAAGUAGAAAUCCUUGAAAACACGAACGGACGAUACUUCCGGAUAAAUAUGUCGUUU